AUGGCCGCAGAAGCUGGUGUUGCAGCUGCCUCUGCGGCUGCUGUUGGUUUCGGACUUUUCGAUUACAAUCGUGCCAACUACUUAUACGAUGCAGAGUUCCGGUUUGAGAGGUUCAGCACAGGGCGCGAAUAUGCUGUGGAGCAGUCCAACCAGUUCCGAAACGACUUGAGAACCCUGUCAGCUUUGACGAUGGUGAAGAACAACCAGUAUGCUGGCCUGGCCGCUCUGGACAUGGCGCUGUGCAUUGCGCUGUAUUGUGCUGGAAGACUGGGUCUGCAUGGUCCUUCUCCUCCUGGUUGGAUUAUGGCGCUCUGGAUCACCAGCAAUGCAGCCUCGUUUGCUUUCAUGGCCCUGGCGAUCCUGCUGGCGUUGCAUGCAUCCUACCGCGCACAGGCAGCUUCGGUGAAUUUGCUGACCCGCAAGAUUCGCGUGCCGGUCCCUUCCAUGCGGCCCGGAAGGGCGGUUCUGGAGCCCCUGUCCUCAUUCGAUCCCGCUUCGUCCACUGCUUCCGAGCCCUUCCCAGAUCUGGUGUUUUUUGUCCGCACGAUGGCCAGGGCCCGGGCAAUCAACUUGGCCGCUGGAGCAGCGGCACUGCCGCUGGAGGUCCUCGAACGAGCCAGCGCCGAGUUCGUGGAGACAGACCACAGUGGCAUGAGUGUCGCUGAAAUGGGCUAUCGCACUAAGCCGUUCCAUAGAAUCAUGGAGCGCGCGGAGAGCUCCUUCCGAGAGCUUCUCAGCAUCCCCGACACGCACGAGGUGCACUUCUUCAACGGCGGUGCCACGCUCCAGUUCUCUGCCAUUCCUCUGAACCUGUUAGGCGGCCGGAAUGAUGGCAAGCCUGCGAAUUACUUGAUGAGUGGUCAUUGGAGUGAAAAAGCCAGCAACGAAGCCCGGCUUUUCGGUAAUGUGAAGGAAGUGGCAGAGGAUCCCAAAGGACUUUACUUCGACAUUCCGGAUAGUAAGACAUGGAAUUUCGAUAGAGAUGCAGCAUACUUCCACUACACGUCGGCCGACACCCGACAGGGCCUUGAAAUCCGAAACUUCGAUUUCGAUGCUAUUCCAGCAGGCAUGCCUGUGUGCUGUGAUGCAUCGGCGAAUCUGGGCAGCGCGCCCAUUGACGUCUGCAAGUACGGAGUUCUCUAUGCUGCUUCGCACAAAAACUUCUCCACCGCCGGUGUAUGCUACAGCAUCAUACGGCGGGACUUGAUCAGCGAGGAAACGCAGAUGAGGGCAAUUCCUACCAUGUGUAAUUGGGUCAAGUUCCAGAACGCGCCAAACAAAAUAUACAACGUGCCGGUGCUCGUUUCGAUAUGGAUUGGUGCCUUGAACACAGAGUGGAUGAUUGAGCGCGGUGGUGUUGCAGCUUUCGAAGAACUUGCAAUUCAGCGCUCUCAGCUACUCUAUGAUGUCAUUGACAAUUCCAAUGGCUUCUACAGGACCUUCGUAGACAGCGAGGCCUUCAGAUCUCGCAUGCAAGUCGUCUUCACGAUUGGAAGCGGUGCUGGCAACGAUCACGAGCUGGUUGAGAAGUUCCUGCAAAGGGCGAAUGACGAGCUUGGCUGGUUGGAUAUUCGCUCCCACCCCUUGGGGACGCCUUCCGAUGCCAUCAGGGUCACCAUGUACAACCACCAGACGCUUGAGACGAUCAAGGUGGUGCGCGAGUUCAUGCACAUGUUCCAGCAAGAGCAUGCUUCAAGCGGGGACUACAAAUCCUUCCUGGCAGGGCAGGAGUCCUCACAAAGCAGCAUGCAGAUGAGACAAAGCCUUUUGCCUCGCUCUAAACAAAGGAGCGACUUGCUGUGUGUCUUGGAUGCAACAAGCCUCGCAACUCUCGUAUUCGAGUUCGAGACGGACCAAGCAGGUACGGUCACAGGCACCAUGCAGCCAGGCGGUCUGCUACCUGCAGACUCCGCACCGGAACACUUCCGGCUUUAUGCAGCAGUCCAGAAGGAGUGGUUUCAGUAUGACAUCUAUGCCAGAGUCUGCAUGCUCCUGGGCUUCUCUGCCUUUGUGCAGUCUCUUGCCUUCUACGGCAACGGCCACAUCAUUGUUGAACUGCGCGCUUUCUACGUGGCUCACGCGACUGCAUUUGUGAUUGAGGUCCUACACGUCCUCCUUCUUCGCUUCGACAUCAUUCAGGGUCGUGUGAAGUCCACAGACCGAACUCCUGCGUGGUUUCUGUGGCUGGGUCCUGUCUCGGUGGCCUUUGCAACUGUGGGAAUGUCUCUGGACUUUCGAACCCAGUUCAAUAUCGUGGCCAUCGUAUUCACCUGGAUCUGCAUCUUCGGCGCUUACAUUUGCCAGUUCUGCUAUCAGCUCCGCAUCCUAGAGGUGAUUCUGCCGGAUGACGUCCGCAACCCGCUGAAGUUGGAGGAAAACAUCGGCGACGCCUGGUGGCCGGCCUCCUGGCGCUGCCCCUCGGCCUUCGCGCAUGUCCUCUACUUCGUGGCGCCGCCUGGCCGGCUCCAACCCGGGCAAUUCGAUCUGGUGCGCGAGGUGAAGAACGGGCCGCAGAACGACGCUUUCGAAAGUGCGGGGGUGGCGGGGCUCGAGUCGAAGCCUGUCGACACCAGCGAUGCGUCGGCCAAUCCCGGCAUGACGGCGGAGGAGAUCGCAGCGCAGGUUCAAUAUCUUGACAGACUCUUCGACUACUUCAUGUCUGACCAAGUCCACAGCCAGAUGUCGGAGUCCAACAGGCAGCGCGUUAAGGACCUGUUUGCAGAGUUUUCAGCGGCGCGCCGCAAGGGUGCUGGCCCAGAGGCUGUGCGGACUUUCACCGACUGCCUCAUUGCCUUGGAGGGUGUUCAAGCCACGGAGGGUCUCAUGAAAGAAGGAGAUUUCGGGACGGACACCGGCUACACAUCGACCGGCAGCAUGGGCAGCUCGGGCAGUUCUGGUGAAGAAGAGGAGGAGUCGAUCAAAGGAUACACGUGGGAUGGUCGCCGAUUGUGGAAGACUGAUGCAGCAGUGCGCCUGUUUCAGAAGAAAGGAGAGAUCGAACCUUGGCGUCUGAUCAACGUGCUACAGCUUGCCAUCUGUGGAGCUUGGGCCUUUCUCAUCCUCGCCAUGGUCGUGGACAUCUUCCUGGGAGAUCAGGGAUUGGUGACGGCACCGCACUGGUCACGACCUCCAAUGUCGCGCCUUUCACUGGAGCCGCACGAGCUUGGAACACCUUUGGGCUUCCCCUGGUAUGCAGGUGCCAAGCCAUGGCUGCCGGAGCAGAUGGCUUGGCACGAGGAAAAGCGUGAAGCCAUGAGUGGCUUCAUCAGUGCACCGCAUUCAGGCCAGGAGGAUGGAGGUGGUGGCCACUCGAACAUCCACAAGGGCCAAGCACGCCGCUUGAGUGCAGAUGUCCAUGCAUCUCCAGCUCGCUCAGCCUUGCGUGAUAUCUUGGAACUGCUGCCAGGUUCCGAGCGGGCCAAGGAAGUGCCAGUGCAGACCGUGUGGCCGGGAUUCUUUGAGCCACGCAUCCUGGCAUGUGGACCACAUGGCAUCGCCGCGCUGUCGCCUCGUGGUGUGGGUGCCCUCGUCCCAGCGGCUGUGGCUCACCACCGUGCCUUCGAAGCUGCCCGUCGCUUCCGCUUGUCUGGGUUAACGCACUUGCCUCCACUGCUGUCUGCGGCCUUCCAUCCAGAAUCGCAGGAGCUGAUGGUUGUGACUCGCGGUGGACAUGUGGCCACGUGCCCGGAUGCCGGAGCUUCUCCCUGUGCCGUGCACCAUGCUGGCCUUCCCGUGUCGGCAGCACGUGCUGCGGCUGUUGCUUGGAUGCGUGACGAGGCAUCCAAAGAGCACCACCUCCACGCUGCCUUCAUCGACGAGGCGUUGCCUGGAUUGGUCGCUGUCUUCAAGCUGCUGGGUAAGGGACAGGCUUCGACUUGGCAUCCGCUCGGGGAGUUCUCGGCACCGUUUUCUGACGAGGUCAAGGAGCCUCUCUCCGCAAAGGUUUCCUUGUCCUUCGCGCCGGGAGAGAUUGUGCUCACGACAGCUGCCGGAGUUGUCCAUCGUCGGCGGUUGCAGGAUGGCCUUCUGGCAGAGUCCUCGCAUCGCUUUGGAGGGGUCUCCACGGUGGUGCAAUGGCAGGAUGCCUGCCCGAUGAUCGGUGGAGGCCUUGCACAUCUUCGCCUCCGUCGCAAGGAGGGAUCGCAGGCCUGGACACCAGAGCUGCUGACCCAGAAGUUGGAGCACACAGAGGGAAGUGGUCGCCUGAGACGGUGA